AAAAUUUACAUUAUAAAACGCCCAAAAGACAAGACAAUGAUCGAUCAGGCUGCUUGGUAUCUAGAAAACAAAAUGUGGAGGCGAGCGGUGUCAUCGUCGUCAACAACACCUCAGCUCCUCCUGCGAAAGCUAUCACCGCCAUCAUCCGCUCCUUCCCUCACUAUCGUCCGAUCGCUUACCACCACCACCUCUUCCGCAACAACGCCGCCUCACUCUCACACUCUUUUCUCUGCCCCUCUUUCCGGUAAUACUUUGAAGAAGGUCGAAGAUGUAAUGCCCAUUGCUACUGGACAUGAGCGAGAGGAACUUGAGGCUGCCCUUCAGGGAAGGAACGUUCUUGAAAUCAAUUAUCCAGUUGGCCCCUUUGGUACCAAGGAUUCACCUGCUAUUGUCAAGUCUGUCUUUGACAAACGUAUAGUUGGAUGCCCUGGUGGUGAGGGAGAAGAUGAGCAUGAUGUUGUGUGGUUUUGGCUGGAGAAAGGCAAGCCACAUGAAUGCCCUGUCUGUUCUCAAUAUUUCAAGCCGCAUCAGACUACUGAACUUUACUUCCCUUCAUUGUGGCUGUUACAGGUUCUAAUUCUACUGAAUUGUUGUAACAAUUCAAGAGAGGUUGAUUUCCUUUAUUUUUGCAACUAAGAGAUAUAUUAGAUGGAUUACUGGAGUAGAGGUUCUUGAAAGACAAAAGUUACGAAUUAUUUUUGUGGAACUGAGGAUUUUAUUAUUAUUUUAUGGCAUUAAACAUUGUAUUGGAGAAUUAUCUUUGAGGAUGUUUUGUAUUUGGUGAAUUAGAGCUCUGACUCUUGUGAUCAGAUUCAAGGUUGCUAGUUUCUUUUAUUUAAUAUUUUUAUGGAUUAUUCAGAUUAAA